CCCAUUGGACAUUGACUAUGAAGUGAUUUCUGAUUGGAGCUCAUAAAGUCAUCAGGAAACGUUUGGCUAACAACAUUAAGGUAGCGAACUUGUGUAUUUGUUUAUUCUUACUCUAAAUAACUGAGCAAUUGUGUUUUGGACUUUUCAACAUGAUCACAUUCGUUGUAACGAUAUCAGAACGUUGUUGUCAGACGUGGAUAUUAACGUUACUGCCGUUAGCUAAUGGCAGCUGUCCAGUUUAGCUAGUUAGCAAGACAAUUUUCGUUUACAUAUAACGACGUUAGCUUUUCCCCAUUACACACGACCAUGCAUGUGAACGCAUAGUGAGAGAUGCCUCCUGGAAACAAACGGGCAAGAAAAGAGGACACACCGCUGGAGUUGGCGUGUGAGUGGGGGUCCUGCCAAGAGUCAUUCGAUCAGAUGCAGGAGUUCUGCGAGCAUGUGGAGGGUCACCUCAAGGCGCUGGACAUAGAGGAAGGGGACAAUUACUCAUUUGAUGAGCAGAGUUGUAUAUGGAAAGACUGUGGGUUCUGCUCUGUGGAGAGUGCUGAGUUGAAGCGCCACGUGUAUUUCCACUGUUACCACACCAAGCUGAAGCAGUGGGGCCAGGGGGUACUCAAGGCCCAGCCCAGCCUCGGCACCUGCACCAUUGGCCUCCACAACCGCAACAUCGUGCCUGACAUAACAGAAAACUUCAUCUGCCAGUGGGAGCAAUGUGAGGUGAGACACUGUUAGUGUGGGUCAUAU